AGAUGCUGGUAUUUUUGUUUAUAUUUACGUUAGACUAAAAUCUUUUUUUGCUGUUUUUGGCUAAAACCAUGAUUCAGUCCUUCUCGCCACACUAAAAAUUCACACAUUCAAAAUAGAUUGAAGUAACCUUAAAUUCAAUUGUUCGGAAUAAAUCGACAGACGAAUGUUCCGUCAGCCAAUCAAUUGUCAAUCAAAUGUCGAACUGUCUAAUAAGCACUAACAAGCUAUUACUUUUUCAAACGGAUAAUUCAAAUAACAUGUGAUGGUUUAAUGCUCCAGCUACAAUAAGGAGAAAAUGAUUCAACUAUCUAACAACGAGAGCAAGCCAAAGCAGGUCGAAGAAUAUGAACACGAAACCCAGAAAAAAACGGAAGAUAUUGAUGCUAGAUAUUAUAAAUGUAAAGCAUGCCAUAUUAAAUUGGACUCAAAUUUAAGCUUCAUAUCGCAGAAUUGUCUCACCAUCAAAUCAUACAAUUAUGAUCGUGAUGUAUCUGAAAUAGAACUCUCUUCACCUAACGAUGUAGGGUCUGAUGCUCUAACUAAUUCAAGCGACAAAGCUUUGAAAUGUAAUAAGUGUGAAAUAUGCGGAAAAGAAUUCGUUAGAAAAGGAAGCCUCCUCCGGCACAUGGACCUACACACAGGCGAGAAACCGUUCAUUUGCCAAAUUUGUGGAAAAGGAUUUCGCAACAGUACUGUCAUUCAAAAUCAUAUGUAUAUCCAUUCUGACGAGAAACCUUUUUUAUGCCAAGUUUGUGGGAAAGAAUUUCGAAAAAUCUACGCCCGCAAUAAACAUGCGAAUGCUCAUACCAAGGAUCAAGAUUCCAUGUGUCUAGUUUGUGGAAAACAACUCUGCGAUAAAUCCGUCCUUAAAAAACACAUGCUCAUUCAUACCGACGAAAAACCGUUCAUCUGUUCGGUCUGUGGGAAGGAAUCUCGUGAUAGUUCGGCUCACACUAAGCACAUGAAUAUUCACACAAACAAAAGACCUUACGUCUGCCAAUUAUGUGGAAAAGGAUUUCGGGAUAGCUCCGCGCGUACCCAACACUUGCACACUCACACCGGCAAGAAACCUCACGUGUGCCCAAUUUGUGGCAAAGCAUUUUCUGAUAGUUCCACUCACAAAAGACAUAUGUUUGUUCACACCAAGAAAACGCCUUUCGCCUGUGAAAUUUGCGGGAAAGAGUCAAGCGACAAAUUUGCUCAUACAAGCCAUAUGUAUAUUCACACCGAUGAAAAACCGUUUGUCUGCCAAGUUUGUGGAAAAGGAUUCCGUGAUAACUCCACCCGCAAGAAGCAUAUGUAUGUCCACAAACCAAAUGAUAAACCGUUUGCCUGUGCAUUUUGUGGUAAAAGAUAUCGUGAUAGUUUUAGUCUUAGAAGACAUCAUAAUAAUUCUCAUCCAAGAGAAAGUAUAUCGGAAUCAAACGUGAAAGAAGAAAAAUAAGACAGCAUUCAAAGUGCAACAUCCGCGGAUUCGCUUCGACGAGCAAAAUAAGUGGUUUCACUCCAGGGGAUGGUAUCGACGUCUUCAUGAUCGUUGGAGACGAGGUACAUUUUCUAUUUCCGAAGGAAAUCGUCCAAAGGGCAGAUAAUAAUAUGAAUUCAAGAUCUGUUUAUAGAUAUAGAAUAUUAUAUUAGUAUGCAAGAAUAUGUGAAUAUGGCGUAUUUUUAUACUAUUUUCUAACAGCAUAUAUUUUGGAUGAUAACUUGAAAUUCCAAAUUAAUUUAAA